AUGGGUUCAGCGCAACAUGUUUCUUAUCGACUAAACUGGCGCUUAAGGAACUCAAGAUAAUUUUUACGAAAGGAAUGUGGUUUGCUGCUGCUUUCGUCAAAUACAACACAAGAGGGAACUUUGGAGCUGCGAUUGUUCAGCUUUCAUAGGAACGAUCCAAUUCAACUAGCGAAAUCAGCGAAAUUCGCCGCAGACCUGUUUGCGUCUUGCAGAGAGCAGCUCAAGAUGCUUGGAGUCGAUCCGACCAUCGUUAAGGAAAUAAAAAGAGUGUGCAUCGUCAUCCGCGUCUGCUACGCCUAUGUGGACGACCUCAAAAAAAGCGACGAAUUUUACACUGCGUUUCCGAACUGUAUCAAAAAGCUUCUUCAAGGCAUGGAGACGGCGUCUAAAAGUAUGGCCACAAACUACCAAGUGAAUAUCAGCACUAUUAUCGACCAAGUGCAGAAAUGCCAGCCGAAGAACAUGCCAAAAGACGAAGACUACUUUCUCGGAAUGCUGGCAUGGUUUGGGGACUUUGUAAAAGCAUAAGAAGGAUCCAGCCAGCCACAAGACUUCUUGAUCUAAAUCAACCAAGAACGGAUGGAUAGGUUAACUUAUGCAAGCAGAAGGCUGCUCUGAUCAGGACGAAUGGAUGGAAACUAUUCUGGUCAAGUUAUGCGUACCAGAUGGGACUGAAGCCUUAAUUUUUCACUGCAUUUUUAAAACAUAUACUGAAAAGGAGCUGACAUCAGCGUCCGUUUUUGUUUUAUUGUGGAACCUUCACUGCUUGCGCAAUAAUGGCGCAAUAAAAUUUGACGACUCACCUAUCUUGGUUCUUAUGCACGUUCUUGCUUUAUUGCUCACUCUGAGCCCGACAACCUUAUUUUAGUACUUCUUGCCCAACACGGUGGCGAGACGCAGCGACUCCGGCGUGAAGCUGCCACAACCCUUU